UCAGUCACCAAACGAUGGUCUACUUCCAGCCUCACAGUUGACAUAAGAACCGCUCCACACGGCACAAGUUUUCUCUGGACGCUUUGUUUCAAUCAGUUCGUUGUUGGAUUCAAAGAGUGACGUAGCAAUGAGCGGUGUGGUCGUGCAGAACAUGUCCUUUAAAGUGGGACAGACUCUUAUGGCUACAGGAGUCCCCAAUGCUGAAUCUACAAAUUUUUCCAUUAACAUUGGUCACAGUCCUGAGGAAAUCGCUCUACACUUUAACCCUCGUUUUGAUGCCCAUGGUGACCACCGCACUAUAGUGUGCAAUUCAUACUUGAAUGGCAACUGGUGUGAGGAGAACAGAUCGGGCUCCUUUCCAUUUAAUCUAAACGAACAGUUCCAGAUAAAAAUCACGUUCACCAAUGAGGAAUUCCAUGUGAUACUUUCAGAUGGCUCUGAGAUUCACUUCCCUAACCGUCCAGGUGCUGAAAAGUAUAAGUACAUGCAUUUUGAUGGUGAUGUCAGGAUCCAUGGGAUUGAAAUCAAGUAGACUAGUCCAAAAGGAGAACUAGAUUAAUAAAGCUCACUGAUGUGUCCUUUAUUUUCUGUCUUAAAUUGUCAUCUAUUCAGCUGUAUUAUUCUACCAUUUUUACUCACUGUGGAGGCAGUAAUCUUUCAAGUCUCUCAAUAACAUUCUUUCAUUUGUAUGCCGAAUUAACAUAAACUAGCAAAAAUACUGAUGUAGUAAUGCCAUUAUCAACCACAAGAUAGAGCCAAACUACGGUAAAUUAUCAUGGGCUUUAGAGUAAAUGUAAACCAAUACAUUGUCGGAGGUGGUUGAUGUCUUCCAGACUAGGUUAUUUACGUGCUUUUCUCAAGUUUUCCUAUAGUACAACACAAUCUCUCCUGAUUUUUUACUAAAGCACAUUCAUAACAUAAGCCUGUUGGUGUUAGCAAUUCAAAUAAAAUGUUCUCACCAAUAAACAAAGCCCCAUUUAUCUUUUCUCUAUUUUUAUAUGUUUAUGAUGAAACAUAUUUUAGUGCUUUAGUGCAGGUGCUCCCAUUUGAUGGGUUGAAGAAACAAAAGGAGAACAUUUAUAAUGAAACAGAACUUUAUAUUCCAUCAGGUUUUCUGUCAUUCUCAUGACAUGGCAGAAAUACUCAUUACACUACCAGUUUAAACAGCUCCUUCAGAACACGAAUAAAAGAUUUAGUGCUUGAGAAUCCAAAUAUCAGAAUUCAAAGGUUUCUUGACUGAAGCACUUUUUUCAGUGGUUGGAAACAGUAGAAGGGUACUGUAAAGGAUUAUGCCAUUGAAACAGCGAACAGUCUUAAAUUUAGUAAUUGAAUUUUGUUAAGAACUAAUAGAAAUUAAGGAAUUUCUGAAAUGGAAAACAAAAAAGCUAUUUUGAUUUAAAAAAAAGAUAAAAAAUUCCCUCUUUAGAAAAGUACACACUGAUGGAUCAAUAUUAGAUAGGGUCCAUUUAGAUUUCAUAAAGUAUACUGUCUAUUGUGUAAUUUAAAGUAAAGGUAUUUCUAAAUAUCAGUUAAAUUUUACAAUGGUGGUGGUCUUACACUGAUAUAGCCUACUGAAAGCUUUAUAACGAAUUUUACGAAAUUUUAUAUUUGUAUAUGGGCCAUUCUACAGAAUUCGAGCAAACUGCUGUCCCACAUAAAAAAAAACAUUUAAAAAGCAUUCAAGUUUUCAAAUUUUAGUUGUUUAUUAAGAUCCUUCUAUCAUCUUUCGAAACCCACAAUAAUAUUUAUAAUAUCAGUAAGCUUAAUAUAUAUAAAAUCAUAAUUUAUUGGGUACUUUCAAUUUGGAGAUGGGUGUCUCGAACCCAAACCCCUAAAUUUAAACUUAAAAAUU